GCCCGAACCUCAAUGAUCCAAGCAGAUGUGUGGCCAGACUUCCUUCCUCGCAGCCACGCAUGGCCUGUGAGCACCUGCUGCGCACGCACGUGGGCUGUGGGAAAGGCCUUUGCCUUGACUCAUGGCAGGCCUCGAGGACCGGAGCCCGGCGGAGGCCUUCGCCUGGCUGCUGGCGCCGCUGACGGAGCAGCAGUUCUUCGAGCGCCACUGGGAGAAGUGCCCACUGCACUUACGAGGCGCCGAUGCUGGCCGCUUUCGUGGGUUGUUGUCACAGCGGGUCAUCGAGAGCCGGUUGGCUUCCAAGCCUGGCUUGAUCUACGGGAAAGACAUCAAUCUGGCUAGAUGCGGAGCAAAUGGCGAGCAGAUCAUGUGUAACGGCACCGGCCGCGCUGGUGCCGAGGCAGUGCAGAAGAAGGUGCGUGAAGGCUGUUCGGUGCAGGUCGUGCACCCGCAGCGAUUUGGCAGUGAGGUGGCGUGUUUGUUGUCAAAGCUGGAGUCGCACUUUGGAUGCCUAUGGGGCGCGAACAGCUUCCGCACACCACCGGGCGGGAAAGGCUUUAAGGCACACCAUGAUGAAGUGGAGGUCUUCAUGUUGCAACUGGAGGGCGCCAAGCGUUGGCGCUUGCACCGAUGCCCAGAGGGCCCUUUGCCGAGAAGCUACUGCUGGGACUACGAGGGAAAGGAUCUAGGCGAGCCCUUGAUGGAGCUGGUGUUGCAGCCGGGCGAUUUGCUCUACCUGCCGCGCGGCACGAUCCACCAAGGUGAAGCCGUGGAGGGCCAUCCAUCUCACCAUUUAACCAUCUCCACGUACCAAAGGCACAGCUGGGCGGACUUUCUGGAGAAGGCACUGCCUGAGGCCUUGGCCCGUGCCAGCCAACAGCCAGGCGACAGCCUCUUCCGCGAAGGCUUGCCUUUGCGGUGCUGGUCCUACCUGGGAGAACAGUGCUGUUGCUGCUGGGAUCAGGACGAGGACGACGAGGCCUGGAGCGACUCCGACUCCGACGCCUCGUCGACGUACGAGUCAGUGGAUGACUCUGCCUGGUAUGACGAGGUGGACUUGGGGGUGAAUUGGAAUUGGAGGGUCCCACAGGCUCAGGGUGAUGGAGGGUGGCCCCAUCUCUCAAGAAUGUGGAGGGUGACCAGUGGUGAGUCAGCUGGUCAGUGGGACGAGUAUGCAGAGCACCCCAAGAGCUUGGAGCACCUCGAUUUCCACACGUUUCUUCACCUCUCCCUCUCCGACGAUCUCUACCUGCCGGUCUCGUCUGAUGGCGGCGUGCUCCACGUGGCCUCGGACCUCUCUCCCAGGUAUAAGACGAAGAUCCCCACCCCGCCCACGGGCUCCGUUUGGAUCUUCCAAGGUAUCCAGACCUUGAUUGGCUUGGCCAUUGCUGUGCUCCUGGAGUUCUUCAAUGCCGAAGACUUCUUCCAACGCUGCCUACGCUUUGAGGGUGCCAACGGCAUGGGCUUGGCCCUGGCAAUUUGCGCGCUAGUGUCGCAGUUUGUGAUGUUGCCCGCCAUGAACGACUUGGUGAAGGCACGUGAAGAGCAGAAAGUGGGGCAGCCCAUUCACCAUCCGGCACCCAAUGAGUUGGCGACAGAGGAUGAUCGGAUCUUAUUUCUCUACAAGUUAAGGGCCUUUGAGAACAUCGUGGAAUGGUUGCCCGUCUUCAUCAUCCACGCGGUGGCCCUGGUGGCUCUGGGGCAGACCGGCAUUUGCGUCGUUUUAUGCAUUCCCUACACGGCUGGGAAGGUCAUGUUCUCGUACGGCUACGGGAGUGGGAACUCCGACAGCCGGGUGCCGGGGCUCAUCGUCAGCGACUUCUUCGGGCUGCUGGUCAUGCGCGGUAUUUGCAUCAUUGCGCUGGUCCGGCACUGCAUGGCCUAG